CGCCAAUAACAACAACAGCAACACGUUUGUCAUAUGUCACAGUUUUUGCGAGUACUGUGUCCUGUACGAUCAUGGCAGGUCUAGCAAGAGAAGUUGUCAGGUGGCUUCAGAGUUUAGAUCUAACUUGGCAAGUAAAAACACCAAAAUGGGAUUUGUCAAAUGGCUACCUAAUAGCAGAGAUCUUCUCUUGGUAUUACCCACAAGAAAUCACAAUGCACUCAUUCAAUAAUGGCACGUCACUUGAUAUGAAGUUGUUAAAUUGGCACGUCCUUAAAAAUUUUUUCAAAAGGCAUAAGUUUGCAAUUCCUGAAGAAUAUGUAGAAGGCACAAUACACUGCAAGGAGGGAGCUGCUAAACUGCUAAUAGAAAGCAUAUAUGAAAUUCUUACAAAUAGACAAGUACGACGAUUGCCAUCUGAAUAUGAGAUUGAUUUCACAGACCGACAGUAUCAGGAAAAGCUUCCUAUGCAUGCGCGCUCUACAGCAUCACAAGCUGUGAAGAACAACCUUAGAAUUACUGAGCUCAUGGCAGAUAACAGCUUUAUUUUAGGACAACAAAAAGCUCAGGAAAUCAUAGGAAGUCAUGUGGAGCACAGGCGACAGGAAAGGUUAGAGGAUCCGCGACGCUUUGGUAUUAAGCCAACACUAGGAGAGCGCAGCCCCCGCCGCCCUCCUCCCCCACUUCAUGGAAAUACUGAAUUCAGUGAAUUAGAGAGAGGAAUUAUGCAUUCUAAAAAACAUUCAGCAGCAAGCAAGGGUAGUAAUGUUUCGGCCUCUCCAUCUCGAGUCCCUACAGUGCAAUUUAAGGAAGUGGAGGUCAAACAACUGGGAAGACCAACACCACAGUUCAGACCAGCCUUAUCUGCACAAUAGGGGGCACCACUGUCUUCACUAUCUGCUCAGUAAAUGGCAGCUGGUUAUUAUCAUGGGCUUGUUUUCAUAUAAAAAAUUGAAAAUUCCAUGACAUAAAAACUUUAAUUCACAAUGACUGCUUCUUAAUGUGGGUAUUCUUUUAAACAAAUCUCAAGAAAGCUUUUGUGAAGCCUGGAAAGUAAAGGGCCUAAAUGGAAAGUUUAGGGUGUGCAUGUUAGUAGAAAAAAAUUAUGUUGCCAAUUAUUAUUUAAUACAUGAACUUUCAAUUUAUUUCUAGGUUUCAUGUUCUAAUACUGCAACUGUAAAAAUUGUGGACCAUUAUUAAUACAAUGUUUCACUUGGAUUGUGCAUUUAAAAAGUAUUGCAUCUGGAACCAGUGUGCAUGCAUGUAGAAUUAAUAGUGCUUUUAUUAUGUAUGUAAAAUGUGGUGAUAUGUACAUAAUAUAUUUUUAUCCAACAAAACAUGUAAUUUUUAGUAAAAUGAAGUUUAUAAAAAAUGUAAAAUG